GGAGGGAUAAAGGGUGUGGUGGUGUAUAAAGCAUCCUCUGCAUCCAUUUCUCUAUCACUCCAGCUCCUCCAACUUACACUCUCUAAUCUCCUCAAAUCUCUGCAAAUCAGCUUUGCUGUCAUCAUGUCUGAAGUCAAUACUGCUAUGGCCCUUCUCAUCAACGCUUUCAGUAAAUACGCUGGCAAGGAGGGGGACCAGCACAGUCUGAGCAAGGCAGAGCUGAAAGAGCUGCUUCAGAAUGAACUUGGAGAACUGCUGGGGAAAGCCAACGACAAGGCAGCAGUAGACCGCAUCUUCAAGGAGCUGGACACAAACCAGGACAACAGUGUGGACUUCCGUGAGUUUGGCAGGAUGAUCUUCAGCCUCACUGUCAUGUGCCACGAGUACUUCGCUAGCAAAAAGUAGGGAUCCAAGCGCCACCUUGGGGACAGCUUGGAGAGCUGCCUUCCUGUGAAACAGAAGAGCAUCCCAUGACGGCUGUUCUGAAGAAGGAAUAUGUACUACUAGUUUACCAUUAAGUCUAAAAAAUAUAUAUAUAUUGUAACGCACAUUAAAUAAACUUCUUGUUCUCUGAAAAAUC